UCCAGUCAACUAGUCAAGUGCUAGUUCACUUUUCGGCAUCAUCUUCCAAGUCUCCAUUCUCCGUUCCUAAUAACACUCUCCGACAACGUUAGGAGAUAUCCCUCUCUGAAAGUAAGCGAGCCCCGCCCCUCUCUGAAAAGGCUCCGGUGGUGAGGGGUUUGGACCCGAAUGGCUUUGUCUCAGUCUCAGACGAAGAGGAAGCAAGUGCACCUGUUCUACUACCCGGAGUGCGAGGACCUUGCCCGGAAAGUCGCCUCUCAGUCCAACAAUAUCACUCUCCAAACCAUCAAAUGGAGGAGUUUCGAAGAUGGAUUUCCAAACAUUUAUAUUAACAAUGCACAAGAUCUGCGAGGUCAACAUGUUGCCUUUCUUGCAUCCUUCAGCUCCACUGGAGUUAUCUUUGAGCAACUCUCGGUCAUAUAUUUACUACCACGACUGUUUGUUGCUUCCUUCACAUUGGUGUUGCCCUUCUUUCCAACUGGCUCCUUUGAGCGAAUGGAAGAUGAAGGGGAUGUAGCAACCGCAUUUACCUUAUCAAGGAUGCUGACAAAUAUACCCAUUUCAAGAGGUGGCCCUACUAGUUUAGUCAUCUAUGAUAUUCAUGCUUUGCAGGAAAGAUUUUAUUUUGGGGACCAUGUUUUGCCUUUGUUUGAGACUGGUAUUCCUCUCCUAAAGAAGCGUCUGCACCAGCUUCCAGAUGCUGACAAUAUUGUUGUUGCAUUUCCAGAUGAUGGGGCAUGGAAGCGAUUCCACAAGCUGUUGGAUCUUUUUCCCAUGGUCGUGUGCACAAAGGUUCGUGAGGGUGAUAAGAGGAUAGUUCGGCUCAAGGAAGGAAAUCCUGCUGGUUGUCAUGUAGUCAUUGUUGAUGAUUUAGUCCAAUCAGGAGGCACCCUAUAUGAGUGCCAGAAAGUUUUGGCAGCUCAUGGUGCAGUAAAGGUGAGUGCUUAUGUGACCCAUGGGGUGUUUCCUAAUCGCUCUUGGGAGCGAUUCACUCACAAGAAUGAAGGCUCGGAGAAGGCAUUCGCCUACUUUUGGAUGACAGAUUCUUGCCCACUUACUGUUAAAGCCAUAGCAAAUAAAGCUCCUUUUGAAGUGUUGAGUCUUGCAGGAUCAAUUGCUGAUGCUCUACAAAUUUGAAAAGAUAUUUGUGGGGACUUCUGAUAUAAUUCGAAGAAAUGCAUCUCUGACAAUUUAAUUCAGUUGAUAAUUGAUACUUUUAGGCAAAACCGUAUUCAAGAAGCUUGUUUUGUGAAUUUUAUUGGGUUGCUUCUUGAUCAUAGUGUUGUGUUGUGAUUGUUUAGAGCUUUGUCAUCUGAACUCACCUUGACUUUGAAUAUGCAGUAAAUGUGACUUUUCAUA